AUGUUCGGUAUUUUAGCAGUGACACGAAAUGGAAUAUUAAUUUCAUUUGCAGGAUCUGCAUUUCAUCAUAAUACCUCGUCGCCAUAUCUGGCUGUGCAUCAGGAAAUUAUAUUCAAAGGUCGCCCGUCAAAUAAUAUGUUUUAUCUGCGCACGCAAAUUGUGGAUAACGCGUGGGGAGGCAUCUUAGUUGGAAAUUUCUGUAUCCCAAUUUGGAGAAAUAUUCAACCAAAGGUACUGAUCAGUUGGUCAGAGUUAGUUGGGAAUCGUUAUCACGCGUCCAUUGAGGUCUUCUCAUGCCAGAGUGAUGGAAUGGCCAUAACUGUCAUCGAUAUAACCGGAAAUCGAGUUGAGGGUGGUCUUGGAAUCGGUUUUCGAAUGGAGCCUGCUGUAAAUACAAUAGCAACGAUAACAAGCAAUCAGUUCAUCGCCAACAAUGAAACUGCUCUGCUUAUUCGUAAUGUCCGACACCCACAGCUGUUUCGUUUGCCUGCCCAGGUUUGUCUCUGUAGUGCGAAAAUUUGUAGAAUGCAAGCUUAUUUUCAUCGUUUGCACUUCUCACUAUUCAAGAAGUGGAAAUAG